GGGCCGCCUUGAGUAGGAGUUAAAGGUGGGAUGACAUCGCCCUGCGUGCGUGCAAGACCUAAUUCGGAGCUGACCACCCAACCCGCCAGACUGCGGGUCCGCGCCUUUGCUGGGAGUGAGCCGGAGUUUCGAACGGCUCCAGGCUCUAUUCAUUGAGCCACUUAACUACUUCAUCUGAAAUGCGGAGAUAAUUCAAGAAGAGGAAGAAAGAAAUGUCAGCAAUGGAAAAGAAAUUACUAGUGAUUGAUGUGGAUGCUGGUGUAGAUGAUGCUGUUGCCUUAAUGAUGGCUCUGGGAGCACCUAAUGUUGAAGUUCUAGGGAUCACUUGCUGUUUUGGGAACACUUCAGUGGAUAAUGUGUGUAAAAAUGUCCUUCGGGUGUUACAGAAGUGUAACAGCUUACAGAUUCCAGUUUAUAAAGGUGCUUCUUCCCCCUUCCUUAACAAUCUGAAAAGUGACAAUUAUUUUGGAAAAGAUGGAUUGGGUGAUAUUCCUGACCCAGAUGCUCCAGGACUGGACAAACUUCAACAAGAACAUGCAGUGCCUGCAAUGAUCAGAAUGAUUAAUCAACUACCUGGCCAGGUAACUUUGGUUGCCACUGCUCCUUUGACCAACCUAGCUCUAGCUGUGAAAAUGGACCCAAGUCUUCCUAUGAAAAUUAAAAAUCUGUUCAUGAUGGGAGGAAAUAUGAAUUCCAGAGGAAAUAUAGAUGCAUGUUCAGAAUUCAAUUUUGCAGCAGAUCCUGAAGCAGCUUACACCGUCUUAAAUGAAUAUAUUUGCCCCACUUACAUUGCAACUUGGGAAUUUGUGUGCAUGUAUACAUUGCCUUGGGAAUUUUAUGAGCAAUGGACUUCACAGAAUAGUAAAAAGGCUAAGUUUUUGAGAGAAAUCAAUGCUUAUACUGCGGCCAAUUUGAAGAAACAUGUCCAGAAAUCCACCAUACUAUUCUGGACACCAGGCUAUAUACCUUCUGAUUGCUUUGCCAUAGCAGCUGCAAUUGAUAAGAAUUUUAUCACCAAAACAAUAGUCUGUGCUGUGUCUGUGGAACUGGCUGGCUUCCACACGCGAGGAAUGAUGGUUUUAGAUGUUGAUAAUAAGCUUCAGAAGAAAAACCAAGUUUCAAUCAUGAUGGAGUGCAAUGUAGAAAAAUUCAAGACACUUCUGAUAAAUAGUUUGAAAUAAUUAUAUCUUUAAUGAAAGGUAAUGAUGAACACAAGAUAAGCCUGUUGUAUUCUGGGUGAAUACCUCAAAAAUAUUGCAUCCAUUUUGGGGAAAUAUGUAGGGGAAGUGGGGUUAAAGGGUAUAUUUUUAUUUCAAUAUUUUUCUUUUGGUUUGUGUUACAUCCUGAGAGAUUAUCUAUGAAAAUUUUUUUCCUAAUUUUUUGCAGUCCUUCUAUUCUUGUCUACAUAGGUUUUUUUUAUAUACAGAAUUUAAUUUAAAAUAAUUACCAUGAGAUUUAAAUUGGUUUUUGUUGUUGUUGCUUCUAAUAUAUCCUUCUUAAACUGGGAGCUCUGAAGCUUGGAUAUGAUAUUCCCAUAAAUUUUCUUCCUAUGAUCUUGUUCAGGUGGUGAUCAGUAGUUUUCCUAUCUUAGAUUUGGCUUCUUGUUUUAGAACUUGACAACAAUUUUCCUUGAUAGUUUCUUUUGUAAUAGUGUAUUGGUUAUUUUUUUUAAAACGGAUUUUUCAGGUAAUCUAUUCUGAUUUUAUUUCUCCUCAAUGUAUGCUCCAGAUCAGUUGUUUUUCUAAUAAAAUGUUUCUCUUUGUUUUCUA